UUCCGGCUGUUUGCAGCGGAGGGAGAGGAUUGCUGACGCCGCGAAACCCCGAGAAAAACGCCGCCGGCUCGGGGGGGUUAACAGUUUCUAGUGUCGGUAGUGGUCGUUUUCUUUCAUAUCGGGGGAUCUGGGGGCUGGUUAUAUUUUUUUACGAUCCGAGGGGGGUCGGACAGCAAACCAAGCAAAGAAGAGGCAGAAGGCGGGGGAGAGCCAGCAGCUACCGGCAUGGCCAGGGACUACGACUACCUCUUCAAGCUGCUCAUCAUCGGGGACAGCGGAGUGGGGAAGAGCAGUCUCCUCCUGCGAUUUGCAGACAACACGUUUUCUGGUAGCUAUAUCACCACGAUCGGUGUGGACUUUAAGAUCCGGACCGUGGAGAUCAACGGGGAGAAGGUGAAGCUACAGAUCUGGGAUACAGCAGGGCAGGAGCGGUUCCGCACAAUCACCUCCACAUACUACAGGGGAACGCAUGGGGUCAUAGUGGUAUAUGACGUCACGAGUGCCGAGUCCUUCGUCAAUGUCAAACGAUGGCUACAUGAAAUCAACCAGAACUGUGAUGAUGUGUGCCGAAUAUUAGUGGGAAACAAAAACGACGACCCCAACUCCAAGGUGGUCGAGACGACUGACGCGCAGAAGUUUGCAGAGCAGAUGGGAAUCAACCUGUUUGAGACGAGUGCAAAAGAGAACAUCAAUGUUGAAGAGAUGUUCAACUGCAUCACAGAGCUAGUGCUUAGAGCCAAGAAGGAGGUGCUAGCCAAGCAACAGCAGCAGCAACAGAACGACGUGGUCAAACUCACCCGGAACAGUAAACGAAAGAAAAAGUGCUGCUAGCAAACUCGAAGCCAUCCACGAAAGGCCGACAGCGUCUUUUCUUCACACAUGCAUAUACACCAGACGGGACUCCGAGCAUCUAAAUUAAAGAGCAGAUUCAAGAUUUAAUAAAUAUACGGUGGAAGAUAAAAGUAAAUAAAUGGGAAAAAAAAUGUCCCCUUUGGACAAACAAAAUCAUCAAGACUUAAAAAAAAGUGUACAGAUUUUAUUAGAUGGCAGAUCAAGUUUUAUUUGGAAUUGAGCAGAUGGGCAAUAUUGACCUGAGGUCCUCCUCAGGAUCUGCAAGCUGACAACUGACCGCCACAUGCUCCGAUUUCUAUCCACAUAACCCCACACUCAGUAUCUCAUCUCUCCUUCUCAUUCCACUGCACACGGGACAUUCAGAGUCAAGUCAGACUCUGCGCCUGAAGAGAAGGAGGGUUCACCUUGUUCUGGAUUUAUUUGUUUCUUUCUAGUUUUAUUUCUUGGGGGGUGGGAGGGGGGGUGUUUGAUAGGUGGGGAGGUGUAAUUUGGAACAGGCGUCUGAGUAAGAGUGAAGGUCUCACCACCUCUACAGUUUCAACAUUUCAGACACCUGUGUUACCACAGCUCACGCCAAGAGAUCAUGGACUGCUAGAUUUUGUUUUAUUUGACUUGUUGGGGUUAAAAAAAAUCACACAGAUGAUGAUGUUGAUGAUGAUUGGUAGACGACCUUUAGCAACUAAUCCAAUGGACAGAACUGGUGACUUCUCAUGUUUGUAUUUUUCUUUGUCUAUAUUUUGCCAAGCUUCCCACCCUCUCCCCUCUAACCUCCAAUACUGCUGAGCCAACACAAAUAGAUUUUAUUUUUUUCGUCUUUUUUUUUUUUUUUUAAGUGCAGCAGAGCAGUUGAAUGGUCCUGGAGCUCUGGGACGUCAGGCUCUGAAUGCUCCAUUCACUGCAGUCUUACUAUGCUUUCAGAGUAUGCUUUUAAACCCUUUUCUCCAUCUUUUUUUAAAUAAUGAAACUGCCAAUAUUAUAGAAAACAAAUAUUAGGAGCUCUGGGCAACUCUCAUUUGGACUGUUGCCAUUGUGGCUCCUGGUUGGCCAGGAGACGGGGUGAACCAGGGUCUGAUGGGACCCGGUUGAGUCCUCAGAUAGUGCUCAGGGCUGCCCCUGUCCCCCUCCCUCUCCCUGUUUCCUUGCAGCCGCUGGCCUUCUGCCCUUCGACACCCACAUAUCAGCACCUCUUAACAGCGACGGACUCAACUCCUGUAUUUGAUCCAUCGAGGCUCACGAGGAGGCUCUUACUCGUAAUGACCUCCAUAGCAGACUGUGGUUUUUGCCCUAGUUUUUCAGCAUGUAACACUUUGUUUGAAGGGGUAUGUAAAAGCUCAUGCCUGACAUGCAUUCGGACUGCCAAGAAUUUCCUGUAUUUUCUCAGCUUGCAGAAUAUUCUUAACAGUUGACUAACGUUAAAGUCUGAUGUCAUGUUUUUUUCUUUGCUUUUCUGUGUCAUAACCCCCCGCUGCCUGUUCAAUUGAAGUGUUACCCGACAGUGUUUCUGGCAUCCACGAUGAGAGUGUGGCAGACAGUGGGACCGUUAAUGGGGAUGAAGUACAGCACUGGUGCCCAGUGUGUUCAGGCCUGAGCUCCUCUCCCUCUCCAUGUGCACAGCCAGGGUUUGUCAGAGGCCGAAGCCAUCGUUCAAUGUCUAUUACUGACAUAUUUUUUGAAUUGGGAGAGUAAUAAGCAUUUAGUUUUCAUCCUCUGGGCAGACUCUGGCAGCCGGUUUGGUGCUGAGAGGUCUCUGACCUCCAGGGCCUCUGAAUGGUAUCAAAUCUCACACUUUAUGAUUUCUAUUCAUUACGUGUAUGUAUAUAUAAAUAUAUUUGUGUGUUUAUAUUCAAUAUAGAACAUACACACAUAAUUAGCACACCAACCUGUGCAUGUGUUAAACAUGCCCUGUGUGCUGUUGUUUAAACACACUCGUCAGCUGUGGUUUGCUGUACACUGGAGAAAAAGAGAUGUACUAUUCAGUUUUCCCUACAUGAAUUUAAUCAGUAAUAAACGUUUUAAAGGAAUAAAUAUUUGACACAUAAUGACUGAUCUCAUGUGUCAGUGAUUUGAGGCUUGGUCUUAACUUCAUUUUAAACCUGUGGUUUUUUUAUGUUUUGCUUUCUGUGAAUAAAAUUGUAUGGGAGGAAGUGUG